CGAUGAUGGAGGAGUAAGGAUACACAUCCCUCAGGUCUUGGAGGCUGCUCAUUUGCCUCCUGUUCAAGUGGCCCCCUGGGCCACCUAGCAGUAUUGAGCUUUGGCCCAAGGACAGCCAGGAAUGCUUGCUUGUCUUGUGUCCUGCUUAGUGCGGUGGCACCCCAGCCAGCACCUGGGGUGGGGUCUGGAAGGACUUUUCAGGGUUCUGAGGGAGGUGCUAUCUUGACUUCCUUUGUCAAGGGAGAGAGGGAAAGCCUUGCGGACCCGACUCCUGGGUUUGGUUGAAUGCAUGGGCCGGAUUCCCACGCGUGGGUGUAGAGGCCCUUGGGACGAGAAGAAACAACUCCGGGCCCUGGGAGUCUGGGCCAUAGUCCACACUGGAGGAUAUUGAAUGCUCAGCGCCCGAGGGAGCCUACAGCGCCUGGGAUCCGCCCCUCGGGGACCUCCCCUACGCAGCCCAGCGAGGCCCGCCUGCUGGCUUGGGCUCCCGCACAUCAGGCCCUUCCGCGCACAUCUGGGCAGCCGGCGCCUUAGCAUGAACGGCUCUGGGGCGGGCGCCGCGGCCCCAGCCACUUGGCUGAGCUCCUGCUGCAACCAGUCGGGGGUGCUGCCUGAGCCCCCCGAGGGGCCACCCGUUGUGCAGGCGGCGGUGCUGGGCGUGCUGUCACUGCUCGUGCUCUGCGGGGUCCUGUUCCUGGGCGGCGGCCUCCUCCUGCGUGCGGAGGGCCUGACGGUGAUGGUGCUCCGCGAGCGGCGCGCGUCCCGCGAGGCCGAGUCCAGCAGCGCCGGCCGAGGCGACGACAACUCCUAGGCACCCAUGCGCUCGAGGGCGAGGGUCGCGGCCUCCGGGGCGGCCCACACUACUCGGCCCUGCUGCGGAGAGGGGUGGGGGUGGGAGGGCUCGGCGCCCUCCCCGCCCUCCCCACCCUCCGCGAGCCUGGCGCUGCGCAGAUCCUGAGCCUUGGUCUGUUGGUCUGUCUCCCGGAGAGCUCCACUGCCAGCCUGCCAUGCUGGGGAGCUCCCGCUCCUUUGAGCCGUGAGUGUUGCGAACAGCAGCCCGGGAGAGACCUGGUUUGGGGUGAGGCCUCCACCGGGAUCCUCGCAUUCAACCCGGCCUCCGAUGCGCUCCACUCAGCCUCCUGCAGUUCGCCUGGGCGCGGCUCCUGGAAUGACCAAAUCCCCUGAGCAUCCACCGCGCGUCCAGGGCACUGAAGCAGACAUAUACCCUGCAUACUCCACGCAGCCAAUCCCGGCUGUGCCUCCUGACUUCCAGGCCUCCGAGGACAUGAGUGCGGUCCCUGUCCCAUCUCUGAUACAGGGCUGCUGUGGUCCGACAGGCCGGUGACCCGUCCCUGCUGAGGGCUGUGGUCACUGUCACCCAUUCGGAGAUCUUGGGUGCCCCAGCAAUGCCCUGUCACUUCCUGUGGCUUGUUAUUAAACACGUUGGUCAUGCAA